UACAAUAAUCCCAACUAUUAAUUAAGCAUGAAUAAUCCCAAUUAUUAACUCACUUAACAUGUGCUCUUGUUACUUUACCUACAACCGGUUUUAGUAGGUAAAUUUAUUAUUUUUCCUUUUUUUUAAAAUUUAAAAUAAAAACUUGCAACUACUCACAUUAAUACCUUCAAGUAUUCAUCUCUCCCGUAAAACAUUAGAAUUCUCACUCUUGUAUAAACCCAUUCAAGUAUCAUCUCCAUUUUCUGAAAUUUCGACCCAGUACAGCACAAUUUCGCGAAGGAAAACUUGAUUACUCUCAUCUCCAAGGUAUUUGAUGGGUAGUUUAUUUGAUGAAGUUACUUUAAAAUGGUGGUAUGAUGGGGUGUUCAAGAAAAAUAAGGUUGGAGUAGAGUAUGUGGGUGGUAUGUGUAAAACAAUUAGUGUAGACCCAGACAAAAUUUCUUGGUUUGAACUCAAAGGGAUUGUUGAACAAGAUGUGGGUUACAAAUCUCCCUUUACCCUAUACUAUUUGCAUUCUACUUCUAUGGCUUUUGAGGAUGGGUUGAGGAAAAUCAAUGAUGAUGUCUCUGUAGGUGAAAUGGCUAAGGCUGUUAUUGAGUCUAAGGCAAUAGAUGUAUAUGUAUUGAAUGAUAUGGAUGAUGACAACCUCACUAAAUUACUAGGGAAAGCAACUGGCAACUUGGAUGGAGACAAUAGUUUAUUGGUUUCAAGGAAAAAAUUGACACCUAGGAAGCCACAUAAGCCCACUAUUAAGACAUGUAGUCAAAGUAAGACCCGUGGUCCCCACAAAUUAACUAAGAAGCCUAACUCAUCAUCCAUUUCAGAUGCUUUAAUUGAAUCUGAAAAUCUAGUUGCUGUGCAAAGUAUUAACUCAGAUCUGCCUUCAACCUCUACACUAGAAAAUACUUGUAGAUUUAUCCCCAUUGAAAGUGGGCUUUCUAAAGAUGAGCUGAACUUUCAUAAUGAUUGGUUUGAGACUUUUCCUAGUCCUGAUGCAAAGUUAAAUGAGGCUAUUGAUGAAGUUAAUGGAGGUGAAGAUGAGGUACGUGAAGGAAGUGAUGAAGUUUUUGAAGAAGGUGAUGAUAGUACACAUACAUGUCAGAGGAAUAUGGAUUCCAAUAGGCAGUUUAAGGGAUCCGAACGAGCAAAUGUAUCCAUUAGCAUGGGGUGGUUGAAGGUGAAAAUAAUGAUUCAUGGCGGUGGUUCCUUGCUGAGCUUAAAAAAUGUGUUCCACAUGCGAAUGGCACGCGAUGGACUAUCAUUCCAAGUGUGAUGUGAUUUUGA